AUGAGGUCACAGAGGGAAGCCCCGGCGGGGAGACUCGGCCCCGAAAGCCGCGGCCGUCGGAGAUGUGGCCUCAUGGAUGAGCUGGUACAUGACUUAGCCUCAGCCUUGGAGCAGACAUCUGAGCAGAAUAAGCUUGGUGAGCUGUGGGAGGAGAUGGCGCUGAGCCCUCGGCAGCAGAGGCGGCAGCUUCGCAAACGGAGAGGCCGGAAGCGCCGUUCAGACUUCACUCACCUGGCAGAGCAUACCUGCUGCUACAGCGAGGCCUCUGAGUCAAGUCUGGAUGAGGCCAUCAAGGACUGUCGAGAAAUGGCCCCAGUCACCAAUUUUAGUGACUCUGAUGACACUAUGGUAGCCAAACGGCACCCAGCUCUUAACGCCAUUGUUAAGAGUAAGCAACAUUCUUGGCAUGAAUCUGACUCCUUUACUGAAAAUGCACCUUGUCGACCGCUGAGGCGCCGACGGAAGGUGAAGCGCGUAACAUCAGAGGUGGCUGCCAGCCUUCAGCAGAAGCUCAAGGUGUCAGAUUGGAGCUAUGAGAGAGGCUGCAGGUUCAAGUCUGCUAAGAAGCAGCGUCUGUCCCGGUGGAAGGAGAAUACUCCCUGGACCUCAUCAGGUCACGGGUUGUGCGAAGCAGCAGAAAAUAGGACUUUCCUAAGCAAAACGGGAAGGAAAGAAAGGAUGGAGUGUGAAGCAGAUGAACAAAAACAGGGCUCUGAUGAGAAUAUGUCAGAAUGUGAAACCAGCAGUGUGUGUAGCAGCAGUGACACAGGGCUCUUUACCAACGAUGAAGGACGGCAAGGGGAUGACGAGCAGAGUGAUUGGUUCUAUGAAGGAGAAUGUGUCCCAGGAUUCACUGUCCCUAAUCUUCUGCCCAAGUGGGCUCCUGACCAUUGCUCUGAAGUAGAGAGAAUGGAUUCUGGACUGGAUAAACUUUCAGAUUCCACAUUCCUUUUACCUUCUCGGCCAGCUCAAAGAGGGUACCAUGCUCGCUUUAAUCGUCUGCCUGGAGCUGCAGCUCGAUGCCUCAGAAAGGGGCGAAGAAGGCUUGUUGGGAAGGAGUCCAGCAUGAGUAAUUUGGGUACUGAGAGGAUAGGCCACCUCAUUAGUGACCCUCGGCAGAAAGAAAAGAAUAAAGCGUUGGCUUCUGAUUUUCCUCACAUUUCUGCUUGUGCACAUGAGUUUAAUCCUCUUUCUCCCCUUUACUCCCUGGAUGUUCUUGCUGAUGCUUCUCACCGAAGAUGUUCACCAGCACACUGCUCUGCCAGACAGGCAAACAUACACCUAGGACCGCCAUGUUCACGUGACAUCAAGAGGAAACGGAAACCUGUGGCUACGGCAUCUCUGUCCAGCCCAAGUGCCAUUCACAUGGAUGCAGUGGAGCCAACCAUACCAGCAUCACAGGCCCCCAAACCUCCGAACUCUGAGUGGUUGGUCAGGACCUCUGCUGCAGAGAAAACCACUGACUCAACUGCAGCUACAUUUUUUAAAAUGCCACAAGAAAAGAGCCCUGGAUACGGCUAGACAGCAGAAUUUCACCCACCAAGAGCCGACUAGAUGUUGCUGAAACAAAUAUUAGACUUUGUAUUAUAUUGUCUUGCAUAUCUUAACUGACGUUCCCAGUCCUUUCGCCACCAGGACUGACUCCUCUUCAAAGAAGUGGACUCUUUCUCUUAGAAAAUCAUAUUGUGAAAAUCUUUUUUUUUUAAUUGUAAAAUAUUAGGACAGCAAUUUUUUUAAAAAAGGUCAUCCUAUGCUCUAUUUGUUACAUUGCUAUUGCUGUCCCAACAGUUACCUACAGCUCUGUUUACAGAGCUGUUGCUGUUUUGCAGGUAUGUCUUUUUUCUUGAAGAACUAGUAACUGCUUUUGCAUAUUUUUUGUGUAGAGCUUUUAAUACCAUUUGAGGAAGUUCCAAAUUUGCAGCCAGUUCCAGACAAAGUUAAACACAGAUUUAAGAUCUGUGUGUGGAAUUGUUUGCAGGAGAUAAGGCUUGCCUUUGAGCCUGGUCUUGAUUCAAGCAGAGUGCCAAUAAGAUAAAUCCACCAAGUACUCAAUUUGGAGCCUCAGAAAAGACUACCAGCAGCAUGGGCCUUGGAAGCUUACUCCAUUUUUCUAGAUGUCCUGUUGGAAUCGCCAGCAGCUGCGUUGUACUUUGCCUCAUCUCCAAAGUCUGUGUUCUACUGAAAGAGGACCUAUAUAUAUACACAUACAGAUCGGUGUCAUGAAGAAGGUGCUUUAGGUGUACAGCAAACUUAAAACAGUGGAUUGUGUCUUAAUACUUCAUGUUGCGGUGUAAGCCUUUAUGUACUAAACAAGACUUUUAUUGUUAGUAUUAUAGGUCAAUAACCUGUAGCAGAAAUUCAUACUCUAUUAUAAUAAUGGCUUUUUGAGGCCAUACUUUGGGGAGGAAAAAUGUCUUUUUGACAUACCUUUAUACUUGGUAUGUUUAUGACGGCUCAGCUGCAUGAAGAGUUAUAUAUACAGCCAUGCCUCAAGUUGGAUGCUCCUUUGUCAAAAUGAGGAAUAAGUGACUGCCUAGAGCUUCUGAAGAAAAGCCACCCUUUCUAAAAAAGUAUUAUCAAGAUUGUCUCUCAUUGAGGGACCUGGUUGGCAGAAGGGCCCUUUUUUGUACAAAUUGAAUGCUUUUACUCUGAGAUACACAGAAGCCAUUCUCAAGUGUCCGCCGCUCUUGUGACAUUCUAGAGGAACUCCCACCCCUGCACCUGCUAGGACAGAGCCUCCUUUCUUUCCCUGAAGCGCAGUUGUCCUUUCUCACACACAAUUUAAUGGUGGGCCGCUCUGUCGUAUUCCUUUAAAAAUUGUUGUCCUUAUCAGUGGUAGCGCCAGAAUGUCCUUGUCAGUGGUGUGGGUGUGAAUCUGGUGGGAAAGGGGUACUGGAAGCUAAGUUUACAUAGUACUUAAUGUAAGACUGAGAACAUGGCAGUUGUCCACAACAAGGAAUAUGGUGGAGGGAGGGGCGGGUGGAGAUUACGGCAUGAGGAGUAGUGCUAAAGCCAGCCCAGCAUCCCUGGGAGCCACCCAGAUUCUUGUGCAGUCGCGAGUGUACUUCCCUUCCUAUGGCUGCACCCGUAGCAGAAUAGAAAACAUAAUGUCUGUUGAAUAUAAAGUGGUUCUACUCAGUUGUUUUAGUGAUGAAGGUAUCUUUUUGUUGUAAUAUGUGCAUUCUUACCUAGUCCCAAUAGUGUCCCGAGGCACACAUUUCUAACAUAAUUUGUUGGAUUUAAGGGAGAAAUUCA